CAGCCCAGCGCCGCAGGAACUACAGGACCCGCCAGGCAGCGCGCCCGGCAGUGGGGCUGGAGCGCUCCACACCUUGGCACGCCUCGAGGCUGGGGCGGCUGCUGGCGCCGGCUUAAGAAGGGUGGGUCUAGCUGGGAGUAUUCCGGAGCACUAACGCGCGUACUUCUGUUGGGGAGCGGGGGCUGCAACGCUGUUCUGAUGCAAUGGUGGGACCUAUUGCUCCUCUGGUGGCAUCGCAACGCUGCAGCAUCAGUUGUAUCCGUUACAAUUAAGUUUGCAGGAUCUGGACAUGGGAGGAUCGAGCACGUACGCGUAACGGUGCCAGCCCUUCAGCAUUCCUUCUGACUGCAUCUCUUGCUCGUGUGCGUCUUACUAGCUCCCGGUUCCGAUUACAGAAUACACCCAUCUUCAGCACUCGUGCCCUUAAUCUUGCUUCGGGAACUACCUGAAAAAGCAUGCACCGAUUUGCCUUGAUUGCCAAGCAAACUGCGGCAAGCCUGGGCUGCAAAGGGCCAGGGGUCUGCCGAGGCGGAAGGAAAGACAUGGAUUUGCGCUGCGCAGCUUCGCUGGCGGCGGGGCGGCAGCCGCUGUGUCCUCCGCUCUCGCUGCCGGCGCGGGAGCGGACGGUGCGCUGGAGCAGCGCUGCCAAGGCCUCCGCCGUGAAGAUCACCGAGAAGGCGAGUAGGGAGAAGAUCCUGACGCUGGAGUCUAUGAACCCCCAAGUGAAGGCGGUGGAAUACGCAGUGCGGGGCCCCAUCGUCCUUAAAGCCGGCGAGAUCGAGAAGGAGUUGCGGAAGGGAAUCAAAAAACCUUUUACUGAAGUAAUUAAAGCCAACAUUGGAGAUGCACAUGCCAUGGGACAGAGGCCAAUCACCUUCCUUCGUCAGGUGGUGGCACUGUGUACAUACCCAAACCUGUUGGAUGGCCCAAGUUUUCCAGAAGAUGCCAAAAAGCGAGCCAGACGGAUCUUGCAGGGUUGUGGAGGAAACAGCUUAGGAUCUUACAGUGCCAGUCAAGGUAUAAAUUGCAUCCGUGAAGAUGUUGCUUCAUAUAUUGAAAGAAGAGAUGGAGGGGUUCCUGCAGAUCCAGAUAAUAUAUAUCUUACCACUGGGGCAAGUGAUGGUAUUGCUACAAUAUUAAAGAUCCUGGUCUCUGGAGGUGGAAAAUCUCGAACAGGAGUGAUGAUCCCUAUACCACAAUAUCCCUUAUAUUCAGCAGUCAUAUCUGAACUGGAUGCUAUCCAGGUGAACUAUUAUUUGGAUGAAGAAAAUUGCUGGGCUCUAGAUGUGAAUGAACUUCGCCGUUCCUUGAAUGAAGCUAAGGCAUAUUGCAAUCCAAAAGUCCUCUGCAUCAUCAACCCCGGAAAUCCCACAGGACAGGUACAAAACAGAAAGUGCAUUGAAGAUGUGAUACACUUUGCCUGGGAAGAGAAACUUUUUCUUCUGGCUGAUGAGGUUUACCAGGACAAUGUGUACUCUGAAGGAUGCCAGUUUCAUUCCUUCAAAAAGAUUCUGUAUGAGAUGGGACCCGAGUACUAUAACAAUGUUGAGCUGGCCUCUUUUCACUCCACCUCUAAGGGAUACAUGGGCGAAUGUGGCUACAGAGGAGGUUACAUGGAGGUUAUUAACCUGCACCCAGAAAUUAAAGGACAGCUUGUUAAGCUACUUUCUGUUCGCCUUUGUCCUCCAGUCUCAGGACAAGCAGCAAUGGAUAUUGUAGUGAAUCCUCCAGUACCUGGAGAAGAAUCUUAUUCACAGUUCACAAAGGAGAAGGAGUCUGUUUUGAAAAAUCUUGCCAAAAAAGCCAAACUAACAGAAGACAUGUUUAACAAGGUACCAGGAAUUCACUGCAAUCCACUUCAAGGAGCUAUGUAUGCAUUCCCACAGAUCUUUAUUCCUUCCAAAGCCAUUGAGGAAGCAAAGGCUCAUAAAAUGGCACCUGAUAUGUUCUAUUGCAUGAAACUUCUGGAAGAGACUGGAAUAUGUGUUGUACCUGGAAGUGGAUUUGGCCAAAGAGAAGGAAGCUACCAUUUCAGAAUGACCAUUCUUCCUCCAGUAGAGAAGCUGAAGAUCCUACUGGAGAAAGUGAAAGACUUCCACAUAAAGUUUCUUGAAAAAUAUGCAUGAAACUACUGUGGCUUUUUCCCCUCAUCCCCUCCCCUUCAAGGCAAAUGCAGAAAAUUAAGAGAGAUGUGCUGAGAACGUGCUGUUCAUCUAAUUUAACUAAAUUCAAAAUAGAUAGAACCAAUCUCAGAUACUGCUACAACAUAUUGGACUGUUACAUUUUACGUCUGGUAUAGAAGACAUUGUUACACCAACUUUUUUUAAGGGGAAGGGGAGAAUGCGAAGAAAGCAGUGGAAGACAGUCAGUAAAUGAUUUUGUGCCUUGAUUGGAAGUUACAUUUGUGAACUUUUGACUCAAUAGGCUGGGGAAGGGAGUUGCUUGUUGAAAUUGCUACUGUUGCAUGUUUGUUUGUUUUUACAAAACAGAAAUGCCAAAAGCAAUUGUUUAGCUACAAAUAUAUUUCCCAUCUUAAAAUUCUACUAAACAAAAAUUCAAAAGCCUACAUUAUAGGUAUUGUUUCUUUUAAUUUUUUUUCUUGUUGUUAAGUAUGAAGUGUUCUCCAAAUCUGAUUAAGCAUGUAGGUACAGCAUGCUUAUUUUAAAAAAAAACAACAAA